ACUCAGUUAAUAUUCAUAUUAAUAUGUUUAAUGUUUCUUGUAUUAUUUAUUGAUCAUUCAAUCAAUGAAUUUACAUAUAGAGUUCGUAUUUAUUAAAUUUUAUAAAAAAUGGAUUUGAGUCACGAUUUUAUAAAACCAUCUACUCCUUUUCUUUAUCGAUAUAGAAAAUGCAUGUAUUGUAACAAAAUAAAAACCUUUAAAGCAGUAUAUAAGUGCAAAGAUUGUACCGAAGUAUGUCACCGCGAUUGCCAUACGAAGUUUGUAGAAAUUGAGCUAAAACAUAACAAAGAAUUAGAACACAUGAAGUCGUCAACUAUCGAAAUAAAUGACAAUGAAAUCGUUGCACGAAAAAGCGUGCAUGAAAUAGGAGAAAAAAAAGGAGAGGAAUUGCAAAAUGCAGAGAAAGAACAACAUAAGUCAUUUCUGCAGACGUGCCAAGAGCCAAACACCAGCUUAGCUGUAAAUAUAUUGCAGGAUACACACAAAAUCGAAUCAAAUGGAGUAGCUCUGGGUCAGGGAAAUUUCACUCUGGAAGAGAACAAAGAUACUUCGAUAUUAAACACAGAUAUUCAAUAUAAAACAGGACUCGAUAUUAAUGAAAAUGAACUGGAAAAGGUUAUAGACGGAACGGAGUCAAAUUAAGCGUUUCUGGGAAAGGAUAAUUCCAUGCCAGAAACCAAAUCUAGUCUAGCCUAAUAAUGUUUGAUGAAAUUUUCUUGGUCCAUAACGGCUCCAUUUGAUUUUAUGCCUUGAAUAACCUUUUCGAGUUCGGUUAUAUUGGGAUCUAGUCCUGUAACGCAUCGAAUAUUUACAAUUGAUAUUGAAAUAUUUUUAUUCUAUUCCCGAGUGAAAUUAUCUUGGUCUAGAACUGUAUAGUUCAUUAAGUUGUGCCUAAUUUUGGACAGAAAAUCAAAGUUUGUUUUAAAAAUAUAAUAUUUAUGUUCAUCAAAAUUUCAAAAUAUAUGGAAUGCAAAAUACAAAUAAA